UUCCUCGGCGAUCUUCCGUCGUAGACAACCGGCCAGAGAGCUCGUCGCGCCGGCGCCGGAGCCGGAGCCGCCGAUUCGGCACCCCCGCCCAAAAUCCUCGCCGCCUGCUUUGCCGAGGGAGAUCUCUCUUCGGCGAUCCGUCCGUCUCUCUUCGGGGCUACUCGCCUCGUUCUUGGAGGAGAAGGCAGUACUCUCAAAAUUGAUUGAUGGUGCACAAAUGAGCAGGACUAAUGUUAUUGGCAGUGGAAGGAGGAGGAUUCUUCUCUGCUUCAGCUUCUGGGUAUAGCAAAGGCCUGACCCUUCUUCUCUUGGGUCAGAAGAACGAAGACAAACAGAUGAGAGUAUCCCCGUAUAAUCAUUACCAGUUGGUGGACCAAGAACCUGACACCGACCUCCAGCUGGCUUCCACAAAGAACCGGCUUUCCCGCGGUUGCGCUUCCUUUAUUUGCUUUGGUCGCGCCUCCGCGGGACUUGACACACCAUCCCCACUUAAAGUGGGCCCAACCCAACAGCAGGAAAUUGUGCCAGAUCCAUUAGUUUCCGGUAAAAGCAAGGAUCAGUCAACUGUUGUUGAAGAUGAUGAUGCUCGAAAGGUUGCUUUACGUAGUAGCUUGAAGAAGCCAUUGACUUCUAAUACAGUUCAAGUUGGGAAUACUAAUGAAAAUCAAGCUGUUAAUGAAGAUGGAAAAGAUACCCAUGGUCUAGUGGAAAGACGAAGAGUUCAGUGGACAGAUGCUUGUGGCAGUGAGCUUGUGGAAACCAGGGAAUUUGAACCCAGUGAAACCGGCGGAUCUGAUGAUGAGUUGGACAAUGGUGACGAAAGAAGCUGUUCUUGUUCUAUCAUGUAGUGGUUUGGCCUAAGUUGGCAGGUUCAACUUGUAAAGAGAUGCAAUCGAUGAUCAGGGUAAGCAUGGGCUAAAGAGGAGCUUGUUGAUGGGAGAUGGUCGACCGACUCCUGAAUAGAGGAAGGUAAUGCUGAUUUCGAGUCCCCUGUGAUGAUCCCACCGGUCGUGAAAUCUGCCACCAGAUUCUCUCCUCCGCUUGUUGCGCCGAUGCUUUGUCUAUAACCGAUCGACACGGGGUUUCAGUUUUGUCUUUUCGGGUGUUGCUUUGUCAGGUUUAUUAUCUUCAUUGUAGUGUGUGACUGCACAUCAUCCAUUCAUAAUUAAUGUGUUAUUGUUGUA